AUGGAAAUCCACCCGGAGAAUGUACGUCCGCUGGCCGUGGGAGUGUUCCAGGUGUUGUGGAAGUACCCGUAUGAAGAGUAUCCUGUUCCCUCGCGGUUGGGCAUAAGACGGAACCUGGAGCAUGAAAUCGGACAAUUGGUCUCCAUCAUGGGAGCUCACUCGCAGAAAUAG